UAUUACAUGAAAUGUUAUUUAUUUAGUUACACAAAUAAAAUCGUUGCUAAUUUGCAUUUUAUGAUUUGUAGGUUCCUGACCAGGGCAUCUCAACUGUUCGGCAGGAAGAAAAGGGAAGUGUCUGAUGUUGUGGCUCGGCAAGCGAAGGAGAUUGAAAAAUUAAAAGCCGAAGUCCAAUCUCUUAAGCAGCAGAGAAAUGCUGCCGAACAAGAGGAAGAAGGAGAGGUGGCUGGUGAGGCGUAUGUUCCACAACCAUACGCUCCUCAGGAUGAGGUACAACCACAAACUUAUGCUGAGGAGUUUAUUUCCCUCAACGACCAAGGUAUCCUGUACAAUUUCGAUGACAAUGCGGCCCUUAAUCAGCAAGUACAUCUCUGCUCUGACAACAUCGACAACAUUGUGGCCCGAGGGUAUUUGUACGAGCAUGUUGGUAUAAUCCAAGUUCACUGCCAGAACUACGAUGAUUCACAUGCCCGGAUUAUGGUUUCGGAAAUCCUGCAAGAGGACGCUGAAAUCCCAGUCCCAAUUGAAGAGUGCAGAUAUGUUAGGGACGUAUACCAGAUGUUCCUUCCUUGGCCUAAACACUUAAUUUUAACAACCGAGGGUCCACUCGCUCAACCGCCCUCAAGACGUGAUGCGUCAAAGGGGAAAGCUCCGAUGCUUUCUCCACAAGGCCGUGGUGCACGGGAAGAUGACUUGUUCACGGAAGAGAAGAUGGCGUUGAUCCCUAAUUCGCUAAAAUGGAUGAUUCAUGAAUUCCUGAGGCUCAAAGAUAAACGUGAUAUAAUCACAAUUCCUGUCCCCCGAGGAUUCAUUGCACCGCGUACCCAGAUCACGUUAUCUGGAGAGGAUUUGCAGCAGGUUGCUACGUGUGACUACAUCGGCAACCAGGGAAUGCUGUUUGGAAUGAUGCACAUAUGGGAGAGCAUCAACGGUCUGAGAAAAAUUUUCAAGUUUUACGACCCAGAGCUUCUCACAGUGCAUGGGAUCAACGAUGAAGAACAGAGUCAGUCUUUUGACGAUGCGGCAAGACGAUUGGCUAAUUGGUUAUCAUUAAUGAACAACAACCACCAAAUGUUCUUUAUUCCUUGGAAUAUCGGGAUGCAUUGGACGCUAGUGGUGGUUACGCCAAGGAAAAUUAUCCAUUUAAACCCUUUAAGUGGCCGCCCAAUUCCCGAAGUAAUAGAACAAAUGAUCAGAAGGUAAUAAUUUAAUGACUUCUUAUGUAACGAAUUUAAAUUAACUAACGAAUUGAAAUGCUAAUAUAAUUUUUCAAAACAGGGCAUUCAUGUAUAUAGGGAACGCACAUGAGUAUCUUGGCCCGUGGCAAGGAAUUAACCAAGCAAACUGUCCAAGACAACCUAAAAGCCAAGAAUGCGGUUUUUAUGUUUUGAAAUAUAUCACUGACAUCGUCGCACGUGCCAACCCCAGCCGUUACAUACAAGAUCAAAAAGCUGUAAGUUUUAAUUAUUGAUUAUAGUAUAUAAAUUCUAUAAUAACAAAUAUAUAAUAUACAUAUACAUAAACUAAUAUAAAUUUUUAAUUUUUUUAACAGUUUGGGGGUAAGAAGCAAUACGAUCCAAAACCAGAAUUGUUACCACUACAGCGAAAAUAGAUCGAACAAUUGAUGGCGGUGAUUCACGGUGACGAUUGAGGUUGAAAGGUCGAAGAAUUUUUCUUCAUUAUGUAAUUUUUAUAGAUUAACUUGUAGUUAGAUUUAUUAACUUAUUAAUAUUUUUAACUAAUUUUACAUUAGUGUUUGUGUAAUAUUUAAUUACUUUUAUGAAAUUAAAUUAUGUAUUUUACCCAAAUUUAAAUAAUAUUUAAUUUACAUUUUAAAAAAUAAA